GUUCCCUCCUCUCCGCACUCCUCUUGCGACCAUGGCUGGGGUAUCCAACGACUUCAACGAAAAGGCUUCCAUCGACAAGAGCGACUCUAUUUCUUCCGUCGCCCCCGCUCGCAAACAACACAAGAAUGCCCUUCAAGUUGAAAACGUUAACGCCAAGCUCGCCAACCCCCUCGAUGGCGUUCCCGCCGAGCAGCUUAUGGCAGACGCGGACGAGUUUGCAAAGUCCCAUGGCUUAGGCCACAUGUCCACCGAGUUCCAGAAGGGGGCCUUGAUUGCUCAGAACCCUUCCGGUUUUGAGGCAUUGACCCAGUUGACGGAAGAGGACAAGGCUAUUUUGCGGAGGGAGGUCACCCACAAGUGGGAUCAGCCCGCGCAGCUUUACUAUCUGGUCAUCUUAUGUUCAGUCGCCGCCGCCGUGCAAGGAAUGGACGAAUCCGUUAUCAACGGCGCGAACUUGUUCUUUGCACCGCAAUUCGGCAUCGACCCCAAUACCUCCACCGGGGAUGCGGGCCGGAACCAGUGGCUGCUCGGUCUUGUCAAUUCGGCACCAUACCUUUGCUGCGCCGUUCUUGGCUGCUGGCUCACGGAUCCUCUCAACCAGUGGUUCGGUCGCCGAGGCACGAUCUUCAUCGCCGCCGUUUUCUCCUUCGUCACAUGCAUCUGGCAAGGUGCUACCAACUCGUGGGAGCACUUGUUCGUCGCUCGCCUGGUCCUUGGUCUCGGCAUUGGUCCCAAGUCGACCACCGUCCCUGUCUAUGCUGCAGAGUGUACGCCCGCUACCAUCCGUGGUGGUCUCGUCAUGAUGUGGCAGAUGUGGACUGCUUUCGGUAUCAUGAUCGGUUAUGUCAUGGAUCUUGCUUUCCUCCACGUCCGCUCGUCCGAGGUACGCGGUCUGAAUUGGCGUCUCAUGCUGGGUAGUGCUGGUGUCCCCGCUCUGUUCUUGGCUAUCCAAGUCUUCCUAUGCCCGGAGUCGCCUCGUUGGCUAAUGGGCAAAGGCCGCUACGAGGAGGCGUACAAGUCGUUGGCCCGGCUGCGUCGCCAUCCGCUCCAGGCCGCUCGUGACAUGUACUACAUCCACGUCCUUCUCGAAGCUGAGCGCGAGAUCAGCUCGGGACGCAACAGGUAUCUCGAGAUGUUCACCAUCCCUCGUAACCGCCGCGCCGCUCUCGCCUCGUGGAUCGUCAUGUUCAUGCAGCAAUUCUGCGGUGUCAACGUCAUCGCCUACUACUCUUCGUCCAUCUUCGCCGACUCUGGCUUCAGCGAGCAGUCUGCCCUGGCCGCAUCGCUCGGGUUCGGUAUCCUGAACUGGCUGUUCGCGAUACCGGCUGUCUACACCAUUGACACGUUCGGUCGGAGGAAUUUGCUAUUGACGACUUUCCCCGCCAUGUCUGCAUGCUUGCUGCUGACUGGGUUCGCAUUCUGGAUUCCUGGGACCGAAGCCCGUAUCGGUGUAGUUGCCCUCGGCAUCUAUCUCUUCGCCAUCUUCUAUUCCCCAGGAGAAGGUCCAGUACCUUUCACUUACUCUGCCGAGGCGUUCCCCCUGUACAUCCGUGAAAUCGGAAUGUCGUUCGCAGUCGCCACGACGUGGUUCUUCAACUUCGUCCUCGCCAUCACUUGGCCGCGGUUGCAGGGUGCGUUUAAGCCGCAGGGUGCUUUCGGUUGGUACGCGGGAUGGAACAUCAUUGGCUUCUUCGCCGUGUUACUGUUCAUGCCCGAGACCAAGGCGCUGUCGCUCGAGGAGCUGGACAUGGUCUUCUCCGUGCCUACCACCCGCCAUGCGUCUUACCAACUCAAGGCCUUCUUCCACAACUUCCGCAGAUGGGUGCUCCGCCAGAAGAUCGAGCAGCUGCCUCCGCUGUACGACUUCGAGGGUGAGAUUGGGGAGAAGCACUAUGCGCCUGGAGGAGCAGGGCACUAAACUCCUUUCUACAAGGAGGUGUUACGUUGUGAUGUUUUCAGGAUGUUGUCUGUGUUAAUGAUUAGCGCUACGACCACUUGUAUUUUUUAGAUGACCACGCUGCAUCUUGUUAUCCAGCUAUACCAUACGUAAUUUAUCAUUACAACCUCACGCAGAUAUGAAUCUGAAUCUACAGUUUCGAGUGACGUUGAGUGUGCUCUGGGCUAUCCACAACAUACAUCAACC